AACAAUAGAAAAGUGACAUGUAAAUAAUAAAGUUGUGUAAAAGUACUUAUGUGUUGAAAUUCGUGUCAAAAUGAGUGGAAAUUUUGUAAUUAUAACAAACAAAGAGCUUUUUAACCUUACAAAACUGAAUAAAGCUGCAAAAUGUUCUAGAUAUUUUUCUGUAUUAUCACAAAAACGAGUUUUUAAAUCCAAGUUUAAUUUCCAUGCACAACAAAGACAUUUUAUUAUUCUAAACGCUAUACGUCACUUUUCAAAGUUACGAUAUUUAUUUCUUGGAGCUGCUGGUACAGCAGGAGUAGGAGCCAAACUAACUUAUGAAAAAUGGAAAGAGAAGUGGGUAGAGUUUCAGGAUCAGUUUCCUAGCAUAUCAUGGAUUGAUGAUUAUUAUCCUGGAAACUUUUUUUUAGGCAUUGAAACUCGUGUUAAAGAAAAUUCUGAGAAUUUGAAUUCCAUCUUUGAAGCAGCUCGUAAAUUAAUAUUUGGAGUUGUUGGAGAUGUUAUUGAAACAGAAGUGCAGCCACCAGUUCUAAGUGCUUCUUUUUCAACUCCUGCUCCAGAGGAACCAGAAAUCAAAUCAAAAUCACAAGAGCAAAAGCUUCAAGAACUUUUAAACAGAGCGCAAGAGGAACUGCUUGAAAUCCAACAAAAACUACAGCGAGAAAUUGAUAAAGUUGAACAAGAAAACCGUGAACUUCGCAAAGAAAUACUCUUAGGGAAAAACAAAACACAAACUAGUCCAAGGAAACUUAAGAGAUCAUUAAUUGAUAUGUAUUCAGAUGUUUUGGAUCUACUUGCUGAAUAUGAUUCGAGUUAUGAAAUUCAAGAUCAUUUACCCAGGGUUGUUGUUAUCGGUGAUCAGUCUGCUGGUAAAACAAGUGUUUUAGAAAUGAUAGCACGUGCCAGAAUAUUUCCACGUGGAGCAGGGAAAAUGAUGACGCGUUGUCCAAUUAUGGUGACAUUAACAGAAGGUGCAAAUCAUGUUGCAUAUUUCAAAGGAAGUGAUCACGAGUAUGAUUUGUCUAAUGAGGCAGAUUUGCAUAAACUUCGUCUUGAAGUUGAAGGCAGGAUGAACAAAAAACUUAAAGGAAAUAAUACCAUUAGUACAGAGAUUUUGUCCAUGUAUGUAAAAGGUCCUGGUCUACCGAGAAUGGUACUUGUUGAUUUACCUGGAAUAAUAAGUACUGAAACAACAGAUAUGGCUGCUAACACAAAAGAAUCUAUUACAAAAAUGAGCAGGCAUUACAUGUCUAAUCCCAAUGCCAUUAUCCUCUGUGUUCAAGACGGAUCAAUUGAUGCAGAACGCAGUAUUGUCACAGAUCUUGCAAGUCAAAUGGAUCCAUCAGGAAAACGCACUAUUUUUGUUAUGACAAAAGUAGAUGUAGCUGAAGCCAACCAAACAGAUCCUACAAGGAUUAAGAAGAUUUUAUCAGGAAAGUUGUUUCCAAUGAAAGCUAUGGGGUAUUUUGCUGUUGUAACAGGAACUGGUAAUAACAACGAAAGCAUUGAUUACAUAAAACAGUGUGAAGAAGAUUUUUUUAGAAGCUCUAAAUUAUUUAAGUCUGGUGUUCUGAAAGCCAGCCAAAUGACCACUCAAAAUCUAAGUUUUGCUGUGGCUAAUUGUUUUUGGCACAUGGUUCGUGAAUCUAUAGAGCAACAGUCCGAUACAUUCAAAGCAAGGAAAUUUAACUUGGAAACUGAAUGGAAGAAUAAUUUUCCCACUGUUCGAGAACUUGACAGGGACGAACUAUUUGACAAAGCCCGUGGUGAGUUACUUGAUGAGGCGAUGAGCCUGUCACAAAUUCAGCCACAAGAAUGGGAAAAACUCUUAGCAUCAAAUUUAUGGAAUGUUGUGCAAGAUUAUGCUAUUGAGACAGUGUACUUUCCUUCUGCUCAAACAGCUAAUUCAUCUCAAUUUAAAACUAAAGUUGAUAUUCUCUUAAAACAAUGGGCUGAACGUAUGUUGCCUUCGCAUGCUGUGCAGGUUGGAUAUGAUACUCUUUUAGCAGAAUUCAUUAAAGCAAUGAAUGAAGGUGUAGAAAUUGGAGGAAAAAAAGAUGCUCACAGUGCUUUAUUUAAAGAUCUUAAAGAUCGUGUAAAAAAAGAAUGUGAAUCAACGCAUAGCUGGCAAGCUCGAGCAAAAGAAUCAUUGCGAGUUAUUCAGUUGUCAACAUUAGAAGAUAGCAAUGUCCCAAAUAAAGAGCAAUGGGAUGAUGCCAUUAAAUUUAUGGAGGAAACCUUGAUAAAGGAAAGUGAGUCAAAUGAAAAAGUGCUUUCAAAACUGAUUGGCCCUGGGUGGCAAGAAAGAUUUUUGUAUUGGACCAGCAGAUCUAAGGAACAGAACUUGAACAAUGAAGUUAAAAAAGAGUUGCAGCGUUUAUUACAAUCAGUGAAUACUGUUCACUCACCUCAAUUAGAUGAUGAUGAGAUUACCACUGUUAAAAGAAAUUUGCAAAUUAAUAAUAUAGAAGUUUCACAUCAUGAAAUAUUAAAUGUUUGGAAAGCAUUAUAUAGGUCAUAUUUUAUUGAUAUAUCAUUGCAAGGAGCUCAGGAAUGCAGAAAAGCAUUUCAUCAUCGUAAUCUUGCAAGAAAUGAACUUGAGUGCAAUGACGUUAUAUUGUUUUGGAGGUUUAAAAACAUGUUAGCUGCAACGAGUAAUUCACUACGUCAGCAAAUAAUGAGUACUGAAGCACGUCGUUUGGAAAAUGAGGUUAAAGAGAUACUUGAUGAAAUAUCUCAGGAUGAAGAGCUCAAAAAAAAGCUUAUCAAAGGUCGCCAAGUUGAUCUCGCUGAAGAACUGAAACGUGUGCGUCACAUUCAAGAGUGCUUAGAACAGUUUGUAGAGGCUUUAAAACGCGAAAAAACAACUACAAGCUAAUGCUAUUAUAUCACGUCGUUAUUCGAAUUUAGUUAUAUAUUUAUAUUUUGCUAAUACAUCCUCAUCAUCCGUUAAAGAAAUUUUCGAGUUAAAUUAUCUAGAAAUUUAUGUUGAUAUAAAUAUUUUAAUCAAAUUUGCGACAAAAUGUAAUAAACGGUUAAAAUUUUUCUCAAGGCAUGCCAAUGGUUACAAAAGAUGACUUCAUUCUAUACACUGCGUAUCAUGAUGACACUGCGUACCGUAAUACAAUGUAUGAAAAAUAAGUAAAUUUAGAUAAUUUUGAAAGAAAUUAAUAAUGGAAAAAUUUAAAGCAUAAAAACUA